ACUUCUGACGCAGGGUAGAACUGUACAUUUGCCGGAGAGCGGCAGGAACAAAAUCGUUUUGUGUGAGGAGCUGAAGAGGGAUGUCUGCUAAGCGAACGAGCACCGGCUCCCAGGGGAAGGAGGGGGACCAGGAUGAGGUGACGGCCGAGGUGUGCCACGUGUCAGAGCUGCAGGAUGGACAGAUGUUGGAGGUGGAGGUGGGGCAGCAGAAGGUCCUGCUGGUACGGAGUGAGGGAGAGUACAGUGCUGUGGGAAGCCUCUGCACUCACUAUGGGGCUCCACUCAGCAAAGGUGCACUGUCUGGGAGCAAGGUGCGAUGCCCUUGGCAUGGAGCCUGCUUCAAUGUUAAGACCGGAGACAUAGAGGAGUAUCCUGGGCUGGACAGCUUGCCCUGUUAUAAGGUGAAAAUCGAGAAUGACAAAGUGUUCGUGACAGUUAGCAAAAAGGCUGCAAAGCUGGUCAAACGGGUGAAGGAGAUGGGCUCCAGAGUGGCAGGAGUUGCCCACACGGUCCUGCUGAUAGGAGGAGGCCCCGCCUCUUUGCAGUGUGCUGACACGCUCCGGCAGGAGAGAUAUGGAGGCAGAAUCAUCAUGGUCACCCGAGACGCCCUGCUGCCCUAUGACAAGCCCAAGCUGAGCAAGAUGAUGAACGUGGACCACAAUGCUGUGCUACUGCGGCAGAAGGAGUUCUUCCAGCAGUACGAUAUCGAGGUGUGGACACGCCGGCAGGUGGAUUCUGUGGACACAAAGCAGAGGACGGUGACCUUGAGUGAUGGCCUGGUACAGCACUAUGACCAGCUCCUCAUAGCCACAGGGUGCAGGGCUCGGGCAUUAAAUUGCCCUGGCGCCACCCUGGAGAAUGUGCGACUCCUGCAGACUCCAGAGGAUGCCCUGAGGAUCCAUCAGGCCUGCAAGGGCCACAGGGCUGUCAUCGUGGGAACCUCCUUCAUCGGUAUGGAGGUGGCGUCUUACCUGACAGAGAACGCUGCCAGCGUGACAGUGGUGGGCAGCAGUGAAUUGCCUUAUCAGAAGAGCCUGGGCCCCGACAUCGGGAAAAUGACCAUGCAGAUGCUGAAAGAGAAGAAGGUAGAGUUCUAUAUGAGCGAUGGUGUCGCGGAGAUCAGGGGUAAAGAUGGGAAGGUGAAAGAGGUGGUCCUGAAGAGCGGCGUGGUCCUGCCCGCUGACGUUGUUGUCGCGGGGAUUGGGGUUGUGCCCAAUUCUGAAUUCCUGAAAGGGGGCGCUAUAGAGCUGGAUUCCAAAGGUGCUGUCAUUGUUGACAAGUGCAUGAGGACCACUGUCCCUGGUGUCUUCUCUGCUGGAGAUGUGACCUCCUUCCCCCUUGCCCUGCGUGGCAACCAAAGGGUUAACAUUGCCCACUGGCAGCUGGCACAGGCCCAGGGGAGGGUGGCAGCCUUGAAUAUGCUGGACAGACACAUUGAAGUGGACUCGGUGCCAUUCUUCUGGACCGUGCUUCUGGGAAAGAGCAUUCGCUACACAGGUUAUGGUGAGGGCUACACUGAAACUGUACUGAAAGGAAACCUAGAGGAAAGGAAGUUUCUUGUAUUUUAUAUCAAGGAUAAGGAGGUGGUGGCUGCAGCUAGCUUGAACUUUGACCCCAGUGUUUCCCAGGUGGCAAACAAGAUGGCGGCAGGGAAAGUGAUCACCAAGGCAGAGGCGGAGUCUGAGGACUUGAGCUGGCUGAAGAUGCCCUGAUGAGCAGUGAUCCUCAUCCUCAUGGAGACUCGUCCUCUCUAGUCCAGUCUGAUUUCCUGUCCUCUUUUCUCAACUACAAAAGAGAUCAUUUCACCAAGUUGCCUUAUAAAAGCCAAAAUGCUGUAAUCAGCAGCACAGUUUAUAAUAUUGGACAUUCCCCUUUGUAAUUAUCAUCAUUAUGUUUUUACAGUGGGAUAUAUUUUUAGUGCAUGC